UGGCAUUCAACUGGGAACAAUGAAGUGGCUAAGUGUUGUCCUGAUCGUCGCCUGUGUGGUUUCACCCACGUUUGCGAACAUGUGCGCACUCGACGAUGACACGGCAAGGGUUCAACUUACCUGUAUUAGAGAUUUGGCUAACCCUCUGUUUCGUGCAAGAUUGGACAACGUAGUUGCUCUUUCGGGCUGUGCUGACUCCCUCUGCUUCUUGCGCCAACUGUGCGCCACAGGAGACCUGAACACAGCCCUGAACACCUAUUUCACGCCGAACGAAGUCUUCCAGAUUCGCAACCUGGCAGCCAAGUGCAACCCUGCACCUGCGGCCGCUGCCGUCCCCGUCGGACCCCGAAUAGUGCAGCCCAAGCGACCGGCAGGAGUCGGAGUCGGUGGCUUCCAGAGGGCCCCCGGAGCAGGUGUCGGCAUCGGUCCCGGAGUGUGGCAAGGUUGACACUGAUUCGCCACUCGA